AUGAUGGUCUUCGGAGACCGCCGUCGUCUCACCGCCCGUCCAGAAACCUACCCUCAACUCAUGAAUGACGCUCGGAAUGCCUUUAGGGCAAAGCGAGCGGUCGAGGACGGGUGGGUCCUUCGCUUGGAGCCAAAGGCUGCUCCGAUCAUCAAGCUCGAGGAUAAACCUCAAGAGGCGCCCAAGCGGAAACGAGCGUGCUCUGGUGACAUCGCCGGAUCAGCCCUGAUGGUCAUUAAUACCGACUUGGACAAGGCAGCAAAGUCGACCGUCACUCUGAACCCGAACACCAUCGCCAAGGUCUUUCUCGUCUUGAGAGGCGUAUUCAGUAUGGUCGGCACCGACGUGGACGGGAUGGAGGACCAGAGCAAGUUCCGCGUCAUUGAGUGGGGAGGCAUGGAGGCGAACCUGGAGCUAGAAUAA